GCUCUUGGUGUGGACUUCGCUUCUGUUCAUGUAUAUGCUGACUCUUGGAUUUCACAACAAAUUGCUGAUUCUCAUCUCUCAUUUGUAAAAUCAUGGAUGGAAGCCCACAUAGAGGAUGCUGAAAAGCAUCUUGGAAUGCCAGUUAUUUUUGCUGAGUUUGGUGUAUCUUCCAAAGACCCUGGCUACAAUUCAUCAUACAGAGAUACACUCAUAAGUAGUGUGUACAAUACCAUCCUAAACUCCACAAAGAAAGGAGGGAGUGGGGCCGGAAGCCUUUUGUGGCAAUUUUUUCCUGAUGGAACUGAUAACAUGGAUGAUGGCUAUGCAAUUGUUCUCUCAAAAUCUCCCUCCACCUCAAACAUUAUACAGCUUCAAUCCACUAGGCUUGCGAUGUUCAAUUCCUUGUGCAAUACUAAAUGCAAUUGGGGAUGUAAGAAGAAAAAGUUGUUGAACAACAUACUCUAUCACGAUGAACUGUAACACCAUGUGUGGAAAGUUUCCAAUUGUGAUGCUGUGGUCCUAUAAAACCAUGCAUGGAUAAAUAUGUGAUUCACCAUACCUUUUGUUAUGAACAAUGCUUUAAUUUGUA